UGCGGCCAAAACAUGUUAAUGCUAGCUCUAUCAAAUUUUGUCUUGUGAUUUUGUUGAUGACUAAAAACUUAUCACAGAUUGUUUUGUAUUUUAUUACUGUAUCUGAUCGGUAGAAAAGAGAAAUUUAGUUUAUUGAGGGACCAACGAUGUCAAAUCAGCAACCCCAUCUUAUUCAGGAGUCUGUAGGCACUGGUGGUUAUACAAAUUAUGGAGCACCCCAGGGGUCAGCCCCUCCAGCAGGACAGUAUGACCCCAGCAAGGGUUAUCCUGGUCCCCAGGGAUACCAGGGUGGGUACCAGCAGAUCCCUAGUUAUCAGAAUCAAGCUCAGAUAGUUGUUCAGCCCCAGCCACAGAUUAUUGUAGUAGGUGGAUGUCCCUCAUGCAGGAUUGGUGUUUUGGAAGAUGACUUUACAUGCCUUGGUGUUUGUUGUGCAAUUUUGUUCUUUCCAAUUGGAAUUUUGUGUUGUUUAGCAAUGAAGGAAAGGCGCUGUCCAAAUUGUGGAGCAGUUUUUGGAUAAGAAUCACAUUCUCAAGUACUUGUGGAAAAUUAUGCAGUAAAGCAAACUGUUUAGAGUUAUACUUGUACAGGUUGCAAUUUGAAAUAAAAAAUCAAAUUUUAUUUUGUUAUACAGACAUUUGUCAGAUUGUAUGUUCAGCAUUAGAGAUUAAUAUUCAGGGAAUGUCCAUUGCAUAAAUAAAUUUUGAUUGGUAUAUACUUUAUGCAAAUACAAUCUUCUUUAUUAACUUGUGAAAAAGUUUCUUAUAAUGCUGAAUAAACUUAACAAUUUCUUUCAAAUUCUGAAGCUUAUCUCUAAUGUAAAAUCAUUUUUGUUAAAUGUAGAACACUUAUAAUAACUCAAAAGAUAUCAUGGCAAAAGAAAAAAGAUAUGUAUGCAUCAUUGUGUGUGUCUUUUAAUUAUUUUUGUUCAUUAUUGUGUUCUGGCUUUGAUAAUGGUAUCAAAUAAAUAGUGAAGUGUCAGUAAACAUUCAUGCUUUUAUUGAUUGAAUGCAAACAAAUGUGUAUUUUCUCAAACUUCUCUUAUUUUAAUUUCUUGAAAUGAUAUCACAUAAUAAGAAUUUCAACUUGAAAUACAGUAUUAAUGGUUUUAAAGAACAAACAUACAUGUUUGUAUUUUGACAAGAAUAUACAAUAAAAUGGUUAACUUAUUUACGUUUUUCAAUUGGUAGGACCACCCAGCUUAACAAUACUGUCUGUAUUCAUAAAUAUACCUAAUGAUUACAAAAAAGAAGUUUUCCUUUCAUGCAAAAUCAAGCAUUGUUUAUUGUUAUAAUUUGUAUAUCUAUUGGACUUUGUCAGAAAUUCAUACUAUAUUUCAAACACUAAAAAUUUCCUAUAAAUAUGUGUUGUUUUUUUCUCAAGAUAUACCUUAUAAACUUAUAUAUUAUAUAUCUUUGAUUACUUAAAUGUGGACAGUGCAACUAUAAUAUAAAAUGAAUUCAAGUGACUGUAUAAAUGAUAUAUCAGAUGUAUGAAAAAAUGUUUAUUUUGUUGUAUAUCCAUGUAUACUGGUAGAUAUAGAUGUUUGUUACAUACUUAAUUGAUAAUUUAAAUUUAAUAUUAUAACUGACUUACUUUAAUAUUACAGUAAUUGUGUGUAAACAUAUAUAUUAUAUGAAUGCAUGGUAACACUUUCAGAUAACUGAUAUUGAAUCUCCCGUUUAAUCAUAUAAAAAAUACAUUUAUGUAUUACUUGUUAAUCUGUAAUAUUGUAGAUUUAUGUUGCUUCUAUUGUUUAUACAAAAACAAAUUAUGUACACAUUCAAUUUUGUAGUUUUUAGCCAGUAGUAGAAUCUUGUUUGAAUAUAUAUGGAUUCAACACACAGUAUGAUAUUUCAAUAAGAGCGGUUGUUACUUUCUGUAAAGAUUUUAUUUUGCGAGUUAACAUUGUAAAUAUGUGACUCAGUUUCUGUUCUUACAACUAUAUCAAAUUGUGAAGAAAGAGAUGUUACACACAAAAAAUAAUAUACAUGUAUAUACAAAUGAUGUUUUCUGACAUAAUUUAAUAUUUCUACAUUUUAUAGGUUAAAAUUUUUUGCUCAUAAUUUAGCUAACAUAAUUGCAUCCAAGACCUUUCAUUAUCAAUGCUAUUUGAUUAAUAUUUUGCUUUCAAUCAUAAUUGAAUGUCACUUUCCAAGACCCAUACCUCUGGCAUUGACUAUGACUGAAUAAUGAACCUUUGUGAACUUUACUUUGAAAAUGUCUGGUUUUGCAUAUAAAUUCAAUCUUCAAAUCUCUGUAGAUAUCAAGCAUAUAACUGUGAUUAUAAUUGAAGGCCAGUUACCAAGUCAUGAAUAUGUUAUAUUGUUUUAUUGAAAUCUUCCUCUGUGAAUUCCUACAUUAUCUUGGCUCUUGUUUUACUAUCAAGCCCUACGAAUAGUGAAAUGUAUUGUCUUACUGAUAGCUCUUAUUUUGUUAUCUAACAUUUGUUUUGAUUUAUUAAUUCAUUUACUUAAUUAAAUAAGCUGCUUAUAAAUCACUUACAACAGAUAAGUUUCUGGUUUAUAAACAACCAGGAAGAUACGAAUCUUACAAUAAUGAGAUGUAAUUUUUUGAUGUUUAACAUCCUGUAUGUUGCAAUUAAGGAUUAAAAACACUUAAGUGACAUUUUAUUUAUGUAUAUAAUAAUUCUUCUAAAACAAUCCAAACAUCCAAGAAUAUGUUAAAUAUGUGCUGCAAUUGUUUAUUUGCAUUAAAAAUAAUCAUUAGAAUGUCUGCAUUCAUUUCUUAGUGAAAAAUUUGACUUAGACUUUAAAGAAAAUAACUUUCUAAUUACCUCCCUUUAUUUACACGAAUUGUUAAUAAAGUAAUAUCUUUACAAAUAAUGCUUUUUGGAACUUACAAUAUUUUUAAAUCUUCAUUUGAGCGUCAUAUUUAUUAUAUAAAACCAUAGAAAAAAUAGAGUUACAGGAUCUUUAAACAUUGGAUGAGAACAUGAGAUAGUUUAAUUUUUUAUGAUCUGUGAUAUGUGUGUUGUAAUAUAGAUGUAACAUUUGACAUCUUAUAAACUUAACUAAUAUAGAAUAAUGUGUAUAUAAUGGUGUAUCUGUAAAACAAGGUAGUUUUACACACAUGUUUUGAAGUUUAUCUGUUGUUUUAUUCUACAUGCAGUAUUGAAUAAAUGCUGAUGUGUAUAUGAAGUUAUAAA